ACGGAGCCCGGCAGCGUCACUUCACCUGCUUCAGUCUCCGGGACGGUACCAGAACCCCUCACCUGUCCGCUACUCUCUCAGCGUCACCUGUAACGGAUGGACACCGGCAGCGGGUCGGCCGGUUCUGCUCAGACCGGAGGUUAACGGCCCCGGAGGUUCAGACCGGCUCUCCAUCAUGGCUCGGACCGGCGCCGGGACGCUGCUCUGCCGCCGGAACGUCCGGCUGGACUCGUUCCUGAAGCGGAACACGGAGCGGGCCGUGUACGAGCGGAUCCGGGCCUACGAACCGUGCGUGGUUCGGUCCGACACCGUCAACAAGGUGUACAUGCACGUGGUGCUGAGCGACGAGCGCGUCUACCUGACCGAAUACCCUCCGCGCGCGCUCACUGCCGCCGUGAGCUUCGGGCGCGUGCGCGACAUCGAUCUGGUAAACGACCUCCCAGAUUUCCUCACUGGUAAAGAUCGUGAACGUUGUCAACAUAUACGAAUCGUCUACGUCGCUGAAAAGCCGGCAGCGAAGGUACGCGAUUGGCUAAGGAAAGGCAAGGGGGAGGGGCUUCCUCCCGUGGCCCCGCCCUCUCGCAGAGCCAGCUACUGCCCGACGACAAACACCUUAGAAGGAAUUCCAGCAGAAAGGACCAACAGUCAGUGGAAAGAAGAUCUGUUCCCCCAAAUAAAGCCGAGCCGUUCUGCUUCCUGUCCGGACCCAGAGACUCUGGGCCUCCCGAGGCUUCCUCACCCUCCCAGCCAGCCUCCCCCCAACUCAUCCACAUCACCCCCGUCACCUUCAGAGCAAAACCUGAAGACCGUCACCAAUGGUCAGGUGUCCAGGAGGUUCGGUUCGGUUAUGUCCAGACUUCUGAGGCGAGACUGUGUGAGCAGCGACGAGGAGAAGGAGGCGGAGCUUCACCUGUAUGCCGUGUCGCAGACAUCCAGACUUUACCUUCACCUGCAGAGCGCCUGGAACAGCUUCCUCAUCAGGUCGACUCUGCUGUUAGAUCCUCUCUACAGAAGGAGGUGCAGCGCUUUAUCCGACUCUGCUGCUCCGGCAAUCAGCUGGGAGCGAACGGCUCACCUGUUCGGUCAGCUGAGCUCGGAGCUGCUGCAGGACGGCAUCAGUGUGGAGAGUUUGUAUCUGCUGCUGCAGGAGCUGAGAACCGCUGGCCACCGCAAUGUAACGCUGAGGAGACUCUUCUGGAAGUCUGGAGAGGUUUGUGUUUUCCUGGUUCAGACUCUGGAGGAUUGUCUUCACGGCUGUCAGAGUCUCAGUGGGUCUUAUACAGCAGAUCAGCUACUACUGAGCACUGUGAUCGUCCAGACGCUCGCCAUCAUGUUCAGAGAGAUGGAGGUGGAAGCUGCCAGAAUCAACCUGCUGUCUGCCAAAAAAGGAGCUUUGGCCUCCCAAAUGCUGCUGGCCUUGAUUUGCGAUCCAGAGCUACAAACACAAAGCCGACGAUCACCGAUCGACUCUGAGCUUCAGGCCUUACUCGCCGAGUAUCUGGACGCCGCCUGUUCUCUGCUGUUUGAGCUGCUACUUUUAGGCCAUGAUACCAACAGGUAUUCUCCUGUUGACAACCAUCUGUCAGUCGGCUGGAUGCUCAGAGUCCUGCAGCCUCAUCCUCACCUGGUGUCCUUCAUUGGUUACCAGGCCCAGCAGGUGCUGCUGGUUCUGUCCGACCUGCAGGAGUCGGUUCUGAGUCCCGUUCAGUCGGUCCUGCUGUUCCAGCGCUGUCGCCUCCUGCUGGCCUGUCUGCAGUACAACAACCAGCUGGCUCAGCACCUGCGCUCCAACUUCGGAGAGGAGUUCAGGUACUCUGUGAAGCCGUCGUGUGCUGAGGAGAAGCUGCCGCCUCAAUACCCGAUCAGCCGACCGACUCUGCGACUGGUGGAAAGUAUUCUGAAUCGUAUGCUGCUCAGAUGAUCGAACGCGAACGUGCUCUUAUGACUUUAUCCCAUGCUGGAGGAUGGAGGACUUGGAGAGUGUGCCUUUACUAAAGUCGGAACUCAAGGCUGAAGGAUACUCUACUGAAAGUUCCUGUAUUCUCCUUUACUGACUCUCAAGACAGAUAAUAUUCAAUCUACAAUACCAACACUGUGCUGCAAGACUGUCACCCAUUACAACCAGCAGAACACCGUAUCACCAGCUCAUGCUGACAUCCCAGGUUUCACACUACUGUACUGUAGAUAGAUGUUAAAUAUAUUGUAUGUCUGAUAUUUUAAGCUGUAAAGUGUGCAAAGACUCUGCAGGUGAUGUGCACUCUAAAUAAAGCAAAGUUGUAUGAA